AUUAAUUUUUUUUUAAUAGGUCCAAUGUAUUACAAUGGUAUCUAUCAUCUAUUUUAUCAGUACAAUACAAAAGGAGAAGUAUGGGGAAAUAUUGUUUGGGCUCAUUCAGUAUCCGUAGACAUGGUUAACUGGAUCAAUUUAGAGCAUGCAAUUUAUCCAUCAGAAGUGUUCGACAAAUAUGGUACUUGGUCUGGAUCAACCACUAUUCUUCCGGGGAAUAAGCCUGUUAUUCUCUACACUGGAAUAGUGGAUGACGAACAAACUCAAGUACAAAAUUAUGCAAUACCAGCUAACUUGUCUGAUCCAUUUCUACGUAAGUGGAUCAAACCUGAUAACAAUCCGUUAGUAGUCGCUGACGAAAGCAUCAACAAGACCAAAUUUCGUGACCCAACUACAGCUUGGUUAGGUCAAGAUGGGAGUUGGAGAAUGUUGGUUGGUAGCCUUAGAAAAAACAAGAGAGGAUUAGCAAUAUUGUAUCGGAGUAGGGACUUCAUGAAAUGGACCAAAGCCCAACACCCAUUCCAUUCAGCUGCUAAGACUGGAAAUUGGGAAUGUGUUGAUUUUUUUCCAGUAUCAUUGGAGAAUACAGAUGGUUUGGACACAUCAGUUAUUGGCAAAAAAAUUAAACAUGUUCUAAAAGUCAGUCUGGAUGAUACCAGAUGGGACUAUUACACAAUUGGUACUUAUGACACGAAAAAAGAUAGAUAUGUUCCGGACGAUACAAUGAUCGAAGGAUAUCACGGAUUGAGACUGGAUUAUGGUAAUUUUUAUGCAUCAAAGACUUUCUAUGAUCCUAGCAAGAAUCGAAGAAUUUUGAUGGGAUGGUGCAACGAAUCCGAUGUUUUUCCAACAGAUGACAUCUACAAAGGAUGGUCUGGAAUUCAGGCUAUUCCUCGUAAGUUAUGGAUUGAUCCUAGUGGUAAACAUUUAGUCCAAUGGCCUAUUGAAGAAUUAGAAACCUUGAGAAAGAAAAAGGUUGAGCUAAGAAAUUAUAAAUUGAACAAGGGAGAAAAUGUAGAAGUUCAAGGAAUUACACCUGCCCAGGCUGACGUUGAAGUUACAUUUUCCUUUUCAAGUUUGGAAAAUGCAGAAGAAUUUGAUCCUAGUUGGGUUGAUCUCUAUGCCGAAGAUGUAUGUGCAAUUAGGGGUUCGACAGUUCAAGGUGGACUUGGUCCAUUUGGACUCCUAACAUUAUCUUCUGAAAACUUGGAAGAGUAUACACCUGUAUUCUUUCGAGUGUUUAAAAAUCAAGAUAAAUAUAAGGUUCUCAUGUGCUCUGAUGCCUCAAGGUCAAGCGUUAGGAAUCACAAAAAGAUGUUCAAACCCUCAUUUGCUGGGUAUGUCGAUGUUGAUCUAACAGACAAAAAGUUGUCACUAAGGAGUUUGAUCGAUCACUCCGUGGUCGCAAGUUUUGGUGCUGGUGGAAAGACAUGUAUUACAUCACGAGUUUAUCCAGCUUUAUCCAUCUAUGGUGAUACACAUUUGUUUGCUUUCAAUAAUGGUACUGAGACAGUCAAAAUUGACACUCUUGAUGCCUGGAGCAUGGAUAAAGCCGACAUGUAAAACUAAAAAAUCCUAGGAGAAAAGAAGAAAACAUAA